AUGGAUUCUGUUCUGGAGAGUAUCAUGCAAGCUUCUGCUAGCAUGCUGCAAGACGCAGGAAGUGACAAAGAACGAGUGAAAGUCAUUCUUACUACUGCUGCUGCGGACAUCCUAGAACAUUUGGGCCUUUCAGAGCCUGCUACCAAUGUCAUUGACUAUGUGCGGGACCUGAAGAAAGGUCUCCAGGUCGGGCGGAUUCGCGCAGACUAUGUGGUAAAGGCCGCGUGUGAUGAGCUCAGGGCUCAAUCCAAAAAGCGCAAGGCAGAUAGCCUCUCACAGUCAACCUUGGAUAUCUUUCUGCGCUGCCAGAAGCCCCGUUGCGAAGAGCCUGCCGAGUCGCCACUCCUCAGUGACACCAGCUCUUGGGAUGAGAGUUGCCCCAGUGCUCUGCCAUGCGUAGAAGACAAUAUCGAGCAAGUAGAUGGUGAAGACGUUGGUGAGCACUAUAGAUCCAAUGCAAAGAGCAUGUUGCUGAAAGUCCGCGCAUGUUUGCAGCAGGGUGACAUUCACACUGCCCUUGCUUUGUUAGACAGCCUGUCUUCUCAUGUGGGUUAUGUUGGGGAUGAGUUCAUGGAAUGUUUGCUGGUCACCAUUUCUGGCCACUCCUCUUGUUGUAAGCCAAUGGCGCCCGCCUCAGAGCAAACCUGUUCUGAGCACACGAAGGGCCUCACGCAGCUCUUGAUGGAGCGCCCAGCCCGGGAGAGGGAGUCUGUUGGAGCACGCCAUGCCUGCGUAACUCCUAGCACAUGUGCCAACUUGACCUCCCUACAUGGAAUUCCGGAGCAUGAUUUGCUGACCAGCAGAAAGUGCAUUGCAUCCAACACUUCUGCGGUUGACCCCGCUAGGUGGAAUCGGUUGCUAAAGCCCACUGCAGCCGGUAGAACACCAAGCUUGCAGGAAAUCCUUGGGCUGGCUGCCCGAUUUCCCGAACCGCCAGCUAGACCUCUGUACUCCCAUGUGUCUGAGGUCAAAAGAUUGCUUGCGCAGGACGGUUUCACUACCAUUGGAGUACUUAUCAAGCCACAAGGACUCAGUGGAUCAGUUGCGAUUUACUUGAAGAGUGCCAAGGUCAUCAUACAAGGCAAGACUGUUGAGGCUAAGGCCGCUAUGGAAUCGCUCAUCUCUAGGUGGACGGAUCCUUGGCCUGUUGGAGGCCCGGCAGCAAAACGGAUUGGGGCUGCCUGGGCAAACAUCCCAUCGCCGCAGGAGGCCCGCAGUUUACAGUGCCUUGGGUGA